CUUAGAUGGAAGAAUCUCCUCUCUCACUGUGUUAUCCCGUAUUAGAAUAUCAUAUAACUUAAUCGAUCGAAUCAAAACAUUUAUGUAUGUUUUCCGGGAUAGUGUGUAACUUGGUAUACAAAGAUAACUAUUAGUUAAACAAUAGGGGUUAGAUUGAAAAGUUACCAUAUUCUAGCCUCCUCCUUCCACGUGAAUAUUGGAUUAGGGUAUAAGACAUGUAAACCAUGGUCCAUGAAAUCGUACCGUAUCGGCGGUUUAACCACAAAAUACCUGUAUCGAAGGCUAAAUAGGUAGGUGUUAUUUAACGAUCUAACGGUUGAACUAUAGUUAAACCACGAUUAUAUCAUAAAAUAUCAUAUUGCUAACUUUUUCGGUACGAUAUCCGGUACGGUUUCAUGGAAAUUAUGCAAACAUGUAAGUGUAGAAACUAACUAGAAAUAGGCAAGACACUUCACGUGAAGCCAUUAAAAUGUAUGGGGCAGACCGCAGAUGUCAGCAGGAUGGUGAUUUCCAUACCUCCCCAAUUUUAACAUUUUCUAAAAUUUGGGAUUGAAAAGGGAAGAAAGAAUAAUAUCGAUGGCUUCCCAUUUGCCAGGUUUUGAGGUGGUCUGGCGGUCCUUUUGCCGCAGCCUCGGCCGACUGCCUGCGCAGAAAUUGAAUGCGGCUCAGCGGCUGUCCUAUAUUCCAAGCUUUCAUCCCAAUCCGAUCCUCCAAUUUUCAGAUUCAUUCCCUAUUUCCCAUUUUUUCCUGAAAAUUUUGGUAUCUUGAACCCUUCUGCCAAUAAAUUGGCCAACUUGAUGGUGCCCUGUUGGCCCAAUCCAAUUCAUUAGGCAGCAUGAAUUGUCUGAAUCAUUAACUAAACAUAGAUAAAUUUUGGCCUCUCGUGAUGGGUCGCGAUUAGGGUUUCGGUUCCUAUCCAUGAGAAUGCUUUUUGUGAUCGACUGCUUACGAUUUGACAUACCGACUUCAGAGGUACAUAAAUUAAAGAGUAUCUAUCUUCGACCGGAGAACUUACACAACAAUAUAUUGAAAGGCUAUACAGAAUUAACUAACAUGAUGUUGGUUAUUUCGUUGAGUUACCAUUAAAUAUGGAAAACAACUUUUCCUGGUGAGAAUGAAGAGCGCAUUCGAAGAUUAUUCGUUAACUCAUUUAUGCAAUCACUGACGGUUUAAGUGUACUAUUAUUAGUCACCUAAGCUGAAAAUGUAGAAUUGUUAGAUUAGGAGGUAUGUGUUGAUCUUAUGAGCUUAUUGAAGUAGUGGUUGCACACAGACCAAAAAAAAAAAACUAGCAAAACCAGGACUUGAAAGUAAUGGGCCCAUUUACCGGCCCAAUCUUGCUUGAACAGGCUCUCUGUGUUGCCAAAAUACCUAACAGCCCAUUCUCAUUAUCGGGCAAAGGCCCAUAAACGCAUGCAGGUGAGCGGGAGCUUAGAUGGCGGGACGGGACUGACAAAAUGGCGCGAACAACUAUAACCUCUGCAGUCUGCACUCAACAGAGCUGCCGUUUAUCCACCGACGGUGAAAUGGACAAGUAUUUGGUACCCGCUAAACCCUCGCCGGAAACCCAUAAGCCCAGUCGCAGGCGACAGCCGCCAUGGAAGAGGAGCUUGCUCGAAUUAACUGGGAAAUUGGAUCCCUCUUACCGUUUGGAUCUCCGCCCUCUUCUCAUGCAAUCAUACUCUCAGACUGGAACUUUUCCUCAUAACUACCAUGUGGACGGGCUCCCAUGUCAAACCCACAUUCUCAAUGCCGCUCGGAAUUUUGGUAUAUUGCCUCCCAUCCGAUCACGUGGAAUCUCUGGCUUGGAAUUUGACUCUAAGGGGAUAUAUUUAGCCUCAGUGAACAGAAAUGGUUGCUUGACAAUCCAUGACUUUGAAUCCCUUUAUUGUCAUGCUACUGAUGUGCUGCCAAAGAGACCAGGCUUGCCUUUGCAUGAAAGUAAGGUCGUAUUGCAUCUACAAUCUGGACGCCUACUUGAGGCUGUGCGAUGGAACUAUGCCAACCAAGACGAGGUUGCCUGUGCUUCUACGAGUACCAGUGAAGUACUAAUCUACGAUAUUGGUUAUGUCUCUUCUGAGCCAACUCGGGUCUUGAGACUGAGGAGCAAUGCCACCCUUUCCGGUUCUCAGAUUCAUAAAGGCAUUACUGAUAUAGCUUUUACAAAAAGUGAUCAGUCAAGGCUCUUUGGUUCUGAUACUAUGGGCAUUGUUAACAUUUGGGAUGCAAGGCAAAGUGUUUUCCCAUGUCUUGAGCUCUCAAACAAUGCUCAUUCUAGUCUCUUGAGUAUCCAACUACAUGUUGAUAAUCAGACAGUAUUUGCAGCUGGUAGGCUCGGAACGAUCUAUAUGUGGGAUCUUCGAGGAGGCAGGGAGUCUUCUGCUAUUCAACAUCACAGAGAGGCAUUGUCAUAUCAACCUGUAACUUCUUGGAAGAUAGACUCUAUGCUCAAGAAAAUUGGAUCCUUGAAGGCGCAAUCAAACAUUGUGGCUAGAGAAAUACACUCCAUUGAUAUGAACCCAAGUUGCCCAUAUCAGAUUGCCUUUCAUCUCGACAACGGUUGGUCAGGCAUUUUGGAUAUUCAGAAUUGUCAAGUAACGCAUGUCCAUUGCCCUCCUCCAGCCUGGGUGAGCGGAUCAGCUGAUGUAGCCAAUGAGUUGUAUUGUCGAAAACCAUCAUGGCUGCUGACAUACUCAAUAUAUGUGGUUGGAUCAUCGUCUGGGGAUGGGAUUCAUCUCUUAGACUUCUAUCCCAACUCCUCAUCCCCUUGCCAUGUCGAUUACAGUGAUGGAACAGAAGACAAGACUCAGCCCAGAUCAAAGAAGAGGCAAAAGCAGAACGGUUACAUUCAGCUGAACGAGGGCGUUACUGCCAUUGCUGCUCAUCCCCUCGAUGGUACUAUCAUAGCCGGAACUGAGAGAUAUUCCUUGCUCCUCAUUUCCCAAAGACGACGGUCCUUGGAUCCCAUAGAAGCUAAUGCAGAAGAUUAAGACAGUUAGAAUCAGUUUUACUUGUAUAUGUACAAAUCUUAGAAACAGACAAAUCAAAAUCAAAGCCUUGAGUUUUGCAAAUUGCAUGUAGUUCUUCCAAACGUAAGAUACAUAUAACAUAAUCGAACUGUAACUCUGUAAGACCACCCUACUAAAAUAUACACAUUUUGAUCUG